CGGACAACGCGCCCGGAGGGGGAGGAGGAAAAAAGGGACCAUAGACUUUCACCUGGGCCUAGAACGUCUCUUAAAGUAGUGGGGAGAGGCAGGCGGGCGGGUGGGGACCACCUUCAGAGCUGGCCGCCGGCGGUAUCAUGGCGACCCGGAACCCCCCUCCCCAAGAGUAUGAAAGCGAUGACGAGUCUUACGAAGUGUUGGAUUUAACUGACUAUGCAAGAAGACACCAUUGGUGGAAUCGAGUGUUUGGCCACAGUUCCGGACCUAUGGUUGAAAAGUACUCAGUGGCCACCCAGAUUGUAAUGGGUGGGGUGACUGGCUGGUGUGCGGGAUUUUUGUUCCAGAAGGUCGGAAAGCUUGCAGCGACCGCUGUAGGCGGUGGCUUUCUUCUUCUUCAGAUUGCCAGUCACAGUGGCUAUGUGCAGAUUGACUGGAAGAGAGUUGAAAAAGAUGUAAACAAAGCGAAAAGACAGAUUAAGAAACGAGCAAACAAGGCAGCACCUGAAAUCAACAAUAUAAUCGAAGAAGCAACAGAAUUUAUCAAACAGAACAUUGUGAUAUCCAGCGGAUUUGUGGGAGGCUUUUUGCUAGGCCUUGCAUCCUAAGGAGAUGAAUGUUCUAGCACAGCGGAGUCACCUUUAAGAAGAGAACGGUGGCCACGGGUGGUCUGUCAACACGAGACGCCAUCAGAUUGUCCAGGGCGGCAAGAAACAACUGGGUGGACACUGCCAGACUCAAGACUUAGUGUUUGGCCAUUGACGUUUGGCAGACCAGCAUCGGCUGUGAAAACAACCCCUAUGGCAUGCGUACGGUAGUAUUCCUGAGCAAAACGUGGCUUUCGUUUAUUUUUUGAAAAUUUGCAUUUGUUUUUAAAUUAGCCUAUAAAAUACCGGCCUUGGAUGCAGACCGCUCGAGAAAAAACAACGUGUCGGAUAGAUGCCCCAGUGCAAUGCCCUCACUUCGUUUAAGUAAGAUGGUACUCAUUUUGCUUUGUGGUGUAGUGCCAGUAAUUAAAACUCUGUAUCGUAGCUUCAACAUCAAGCUUGGCUUUUUUCUUUUUAAAGAUAAGUUUGCAGUAAACGGAAAAAACUGUAAAGCCCUUCUGUGGAAGGAUGUAGAAGUGCUAGAAUUAUUAAAGAUAUUAAACAGAUUUAAUACCAA